AUGGAGAGCCUGCAGCUAUCCCAGGUCCUCGCCGACCUGAGCAAUCUCGGCGCAGCUGAACCCGAGGCUGCCGCCGCCAUUGUCAACGCCGACGUCCCCAUCAUCCAGCCCGAAUUCGUCAGAUCCGACUUUCAAGCCUCCUCCCAACAGCAGCAGAGGCCCUCGUCCGGCCUAAGGCGCGCAUGGUCCUCCGAAGCCGCCAUGCAGCCCAGGUUCGACAAGAUGGGCCGGCGCAUCCUCAUCAGCUCCCCCAAAUCGGGAUCAGCGGCCAAUUCCACGCCUGGCACUCCUCAACCAUCAAAUUACGAUGAAGACCUCGAACGAGCCAACACGCUCAUGGCUCUAUAUAACAUUCGCGCCAAGCUCAAGCAGCAGGACAACAGCAGCCUCAUCAGAGCGCGCGAGAAGAUCAACGCCUUGGCUGCAAGGCAGCAGGCGCAGCAGUUUGCCGAACUCAACAUGAAAAAGGCUGAAGAGAUGCGACGAAACCGAUAUUCCUUCCCCAAGGCAUAA